UCUCAGCUCAAGACAUUUUGGCUUCAACAACAAACAUUUACGCUUAUCUGACUUUGUAGAAUUUUACUUAUUAUUUUUAGAUUCUAUUUGAACCUCGUGUUUGCUUUAUUGCUUCAUUUGAUUAUCACCAAUCCGACACGUAGAGAUUAUAACAUGUCUCUAUACAAUCAACGAGACCUCAAUGAUGACUUAAAUCGAGAAUACUUGCCAAGUUAUCAUUCAUCAAGAUUUCAAAACUCCAAUCAUCCCAAUCAAGCUGUGCAGGAAAAUUUUAUCCAACUGACACUGCAACAUGAAAAGGAGUUAACCAGCGAUCCUGGCAUUGUCAUUCAAAAUCUUCGCUAUGGGGGUACAGACGAUCGGCAAGUGGUUGAUAUUUUUCAUCUCAAAACCACACCACCAACGGGCUCUCCACUUUUCGUCUAUAUUCAUGGAGGCUAUUGGCAAAUGCUGGAGAAAAUCCAUUCUUGCUCCAUUGUGGGACCAUUGCUGCGACGUAAUCAUCGUGUUGCUAUUAUGGACUACAACAUCUGCCCCCAAGUGACUUUGGAGGAAUUGAUUUCGGAGUUCAAAAGUUUCCUUGCCUGGAUCUUCGAUUAUGCUGAAAAGACGCAAACCAGUGAGAUUCAUUUUGCUGGUCAUUCCGCGGGGGCACAUCUUUUGGCGAUACUUUUAAAUGUGCCACAUAUCACGACACCUGAGAGGCGUCUUAAGGUAAAGCGAUUGUUCUUUAUCUGUGGAGUUUACGACUUGCGAGAACUUUGGCCCUUGACUGAGGUCAAUCCCAAUAAUAUACUUGGUUUAAACGCUACAAAUUCGAGAGCUCUGUCUCCUAUGUUGUGGAACUAUCCAGAGGUUUCGGUUUGGCAAGCAGGUGACACUCAUUUGUAUGUCCUAACCGCUCAGCACGAGAGCGUGACAUUCAUCGAACAAAGCCGCUCCUUUAGUGAGUGUUUGAAUAAAGCUGGAUUCUCUGUUACUUUCAAAAUGUUUGACAAUUACGAUCAUUUCGAUAUUAUCGAAGAAACGGCCAAGGAUGACUCGAAUAUAUCCAUUUACUUGCAGCACGCACUACUUUAAAACGAAAUGCAUAAAAUCUUACUUGAUAAGUUUUGUUUCACAGUACGAUUUAAUAAUAAUGCUUCAGCUGUUUUUGAAAAACA